AUGAAAAACUUGUGCGAUUUAGUGCUAAAGUAUAAAUCGUUUAGCAAUGUGGAUGAUGAUUUGUUUGCUUACAUCGAUCGUAUUUUAGAGAACGCCUGGGAAAUACAUCAGCGGCACGACCGUGCCACGAUAGAAUUACAGAAGCUGGAACAACAAUUACCGGUACAAAGGGAACGCCAAGCUAUCUGGCUUGAACAAGCCAACAUAACCGUUUCGCCGGUACGAAAACGUAAACGUAGGUCCAUCGACGCGUCGCUUUCUGCACGCAAAGAAAACGUAUCUGCCGUCGAUGAUUCCACGUUUUUCCCCAACAAAUCCGACCCAGAAGCUUCGCUGGUAGCAACGUCCGUGCUAGAACAGAACAUCAUCGAUUCGGAGGAAUCAUUUUUCGCCCUGUCGCAAAGUCCGUCUAAAAGAGAACCGCUGUCCAGUAAAAAUGAAUGCUUCCCCGAUCGUUCACCAGCAAAGCAUUUAUAUGAACGGAAAAACGGAAGUAUUUUGCGCGAGAGUAAACUCGACGCUAGGGUCGCCGUCAGAAAAACGAUAGACGAAAAGUCACCGCAACUGGCAGCAACGACAAGCGCGACAACGACGGGCAGUAAAUGGACGGUGAAAAAGGACGAUAAGGCCAUAGUUUCUAAGCUGGAACAGAGUUCGACAACCGUUAAAUCGCUUCGAUCUCCCUUGCAUGGGCGUAGCCGUUUGCGGCAGACUAAGCUAGUGUUUCUAGAGCACUCGAACCAAGGGGUUCGUGCGAAAAACGGUGGCAAAGAAACGGAGGAAGAAGUAUCAAUGAAUGAUUUUAUAGUGCCCACGCCGCCCUCGUCAGCACAUAAAUCAAAAUGCGUGCGAAGUUUUCGGAUGAAGAAAGAGUCUGCCAGUAACGGGAUGCAGCCAAUCAGCAGAAGCAAUUCGAAAAUUGAUCGAUCAACAACUGAUAAAUGUUUCAACGACACUAGGAAAACAAGCACUCAUACUUGCGGCGAUGAUAUCGAUCGAACUUUUUGUGCAGGAAUAGAAAGCUGCAGCGACUUCCAAGCACAGAAGAUCAAACAAGAACCGCCAACGCAACCGAACAAUAAACCGUGUGUUUUUAGGACGAUCGAAAAUGUUUCACAUGCGUGGAAUUGUGCAGCCGAGGAAAAGAACGAUACCAGCGAUAUCAUACUUGUGCCACCCCCCAGCCAGGAGUCAGUUGUUUGUGUGAUGGAAUCCCAAGCUUCGAAAAAGGAUUUACUCAUUGCUGCCUUGAAGGAAGAACGUAGUAGGCGGAUCGAAGACACGGGUUCACGGCCUUUGGACAUUGCCACCGAUUUCAAUGAUAAGUGGAAGGAACCAGAAGCUGCGACCACGAAAACCGGCACACCAAUGAAGAACUCUACUCCCGUACAAGCAUCGGCUGCGAAACAGUUAUGUAUCGAUUGCAAAAAGCUGUUUCAAUUUCACAUGACGUCUGGGAAAUCUGCAGAAACGGUACUUUCUAAAUUACCCCGCAACUGUCGUAGCUGUCGGAUGGCCCAACUUCACAACACCCCGCCAGAUUUCUGGCAUCCCGACUUCCUUCCAACGCAACAAUAACAUCUCAGUCUGGUUGGUGCCUUACAAAAAUCACUACCUCACUCACAAGAUGUCCUUAUACUGUGGUCACAUGUUUUCGUGUUCGCGAUCAAAUUCGUUUACGGUUUAGUAAGUAAUUAACAAUUUUAUAGAUUCCAAUAAGAAAUUUGCCAUUAAUCACUAGUAAGUGCCAUUGGUCCCGUGACAUUGAGCCAUUAAGCGAUUGCACCGAAUGCCUUAGAUACAACACGUUAAUUGAAGAAAGCUAAUGUUAUCCACCUGGCAUUUUACGUUUAGCUUAUGCAUUUAAUAUAAAUAUGCCACAAACUUCUGUUUGAUGAUUCACUUUAUUAAGAUAUGGCUUUAACAAAUAUCCUUGUGCUGCGCCCCCAGCAUAUAUAACGGUUCAUAUGGUUUGCCACGCAUCCGUUUAUAAAUUUCCGCGCUUUUCCUGGUCCGCUUCGAUGGCCUCAAACAGUGCCUUGAAAUUGCCAGCUCCGAAACCCUGUCGAAGAAGUUCGAAAUCUGUAUGCUUCGCUUCGAUUGGCCAUGCGGUACGAUACUUACAUUAUGAUUGUGCCGCUG